AUGCAAAAACGGUGUGGAAUGAAGGGGUGCGAAGUGAUUCUGAUUAAUUUGUCGUCGACUCGAGGAAACCAAACGCACGCCUUUGAAGAAUUGGGGAUCAAGCAAGAGAGCAUGUUGGAUGAAUCGGAUUAUCGCAAAGGUCGCGAUGUUUUUAACGUGAAGAAAAGCUACCGAAAUCGAAAUCGCGAGCUUCGAGUGAUCAAUCUCGAGUUGAUGUAUCCGGAUAAAAAAGCCGAGAUCAUCAACGCGUUAGAUCUCGAUUUGCUCAUUGAUCUGAUGGGAUACACGCAGGGAGCCGAAGCCUCCAUUCUCGCUCGUCGCCCCGCGGUUAUCCAAGUGAACUACCUCGGUUUCCCCAGUCAAAUCUCGAACUCCUACAUCGACUUCAAUCAGGAAGAUAGCAUCGUUUCGCCUCCCCAAUUCAGCCAUUAUUACCCCGACAAACUCGUCUAUCUUCCUUAUUACUACGCCUGCAACCACUACAACAAAGUCCCCGAUCUCCACCCCUACCAAAGCGAUUCCGCCACUUUAUAUCUUCGAAACACGUUUAAAGUUCCACAGGAGGGAACACUCUACUGCUUCCCCAACCAGCUCUACAAAAUCUCAUCCGAUCUGCUCGACACCUGGGCGAACAUUCUCCAUCGCCAUCCUUCUUCCUAUCUCUGGCUGCUGCGCCAUCCCCUCGAGGGCGAGGAGAGCAUUAAGCUCGAACUAAUGGCUCGCGGAGUCCACAAAGAUCGCGUUCUCUUCAGCGAUUUCGAAGAUAACAAGGCGUUGUAUAUGGUCCGCACCAGCAUCUGCGAUUUGAUUCUCGACAGUCCCGUCUGGUCCGCAGGCGCCACGGGACUCGAUGCCUAUUGGUCAGGCGUUCCGGUCGUCAAUCUCCCGGGCGAUCGAACGGUGGAACGGCUGGGGAUCAGCUUGAUGGUGGCGAAACGGAGUGGAAUUCACGCGUAG